CUUAAAUAUACUAUUUAUAUUCAUUCGUAUGAAUCCAGUGUUUUAAACGUUUUAAAUAGUUCGUCGAGGUGCAUUUAGUUGUGUUUCUUAUUGUGGUUUUUUGUGGCGUUUCCGACACGGACUCAAAUUAGCGAAGCACCCGCCGUUUCCUAGCAACCGACGCCGUCCGGUGAAGAAUGGCCAAAUUCGUGCUUGCUGGUAAAAGUGACUGCCCUCGUUUUGCCAAAGCGGAACUUUUAGCAGACGCCCUGCAGCGAUGUCUGCCGAACUUCAGGACCCAUAAGAUCUCCAUCCUCCCAGAUGACUGGAAGGACUGGCUGGAUGCCACUUGCAAAACAAAUGGCUGGAAACACGAGAAGUCCCCUUUGGUUUGGAGGGAGCUAGUGGACCAAGGGGGCAAAGGGAUGCUCAUAGGGGGCUUCAGUGACUUCCUUCAGCACUGUCAGGUCUACUACAACAUCACAUCAGACAUGCCCACGGAUAUGAUGCUGAGUGUUGCAGCAGAGAAUCUGGAGACCAAGAUCGCCCUCAUCGAGGAGGAGAAGCACCGCGUCAGUCUUAUCAAACCUCUUCACCUGUGGAUCAGCAGUGCUCUCAGCCAAACCUGCCACCUCCUGAUCCCGAACUUGCUCUCUGCUGAAGUGUUCCCCCGUGUUGCUGCAAUCAGCCUCCACCUACUGGGCCUGGAGGGUGACGAGGAGGGACUGCAGGGGCUGAAGAUGGAGAUGGAGGACCUGGCUCUCCCUUUGCUCCAUCAGGUGAGCCUUCACACAGAUCUGGAGCAAGCCUUCGAAGGAGCUGAUGUCAUCCUCCUCCUGGAUGAGAGCUGCUCUGAUGACAGUGAUGUUGUAAAUGACAGUGAGCAGGAAAAGGAAAAGAAGAGGAUAAAGGAAAUCUCAGAAAUCUACACCAAGUACGGACGACUGAUUGACACAAGGGCCAACAAGGAGGUGAAGGUUAUUGUGUCCGGGGACUCAUUUGUCAACCUGAGAUGCUCUCUUCUUGUGGACAAUGCUUGCUCAAUUGACAAGCACCAAUUUGUCGCCAUGGCAACCCAACUGGAGAAUGAAGCAAGGGCCAUAAUUGCAAAGAAGCUGAGAGUUAUGGCGUCAGAUGUCACAGAUGUCACUGUGUGGGGAAAUAUCAGUGGUAGUUUCUAUAUUGACCUGCAGAGGGCAAAGGUUUUCAACUUCAAUGGGGCAAUUAAAGGACCAGCUUUCUUUUCCCAGUCCCUCCUGAAGAUCUUCCAUGACAGGAAAUGGUUGGAGACAGACUUUCAAGACUUGGUGCGGUGUCAGCGUGCAGCUGUGGCUUCAAGGACGUGCCGGGCAGCUGCCAUGUCAGCUGCCAACGGGAUCCUCACCAUCUUGAGGGCUUGGAAUGGCACGUGCAGUCCGGAUAAAGUAUUUUCUCUGGGUGUACUAUGUCCAGGCAGCUACAAUCUCCCAGAUGGCAUCGUCCUCUCAGUUCCAGUUACGUUCUCAGAUGGUAAAUGGUCCCUGUUUAAUGUGGCUGUUGGUGAUGAGCUGAAGGAGAGACUUCAGGUUUCUGCAAUUGAACUCCUACAGGAAAAAAACUCAGAUUAGAAGAUCGUCAUGAGAAGCAACGCAGCUGAGAGACAUUAAAAAUGACAACACAGAUGAAAAACACAGGUUUGACAUAGGAUGUAGAGAGUUCAGCACCACAUCUUGUUUGUUUCAGUUUGUUCUUUUAUUCUCUUCAGUUUCACAUAUGAUUUAAUGACAACAAAUCUUUUCCGCUUCGUGAAACUAACCCACAGCUGUUAUAUGUCUAGAUGUAAAAGAUCAAACUGAGUGCUUUAUGGAAAAGGGAGAAAUUAGAAAAUAUAUUCCUUUUUUAAAUUUUUUUAUUCUACAGUUCAGUGUAAUAUAGUUGAAGCGGUAUUUUAAGCAUAAAACACACUACUACCAUACACAAACUAGUCUGUUAAUAUCUUUGAAAUCCACCUAUUUCCAUUUCUAGUUCUUCAUAUCAGAACUUUAUUUCCCUUGUUGUUAAUUCAAUAUCAAACAAACUGAAUUCAAUUGGCUCUUUUAACCUAGCACAUUACAAUUGACUUUUUUCUUGGGCAAAUUUGUUUUGUACUGUCAGCUGACGAGGAGAACUUUGAGAAAAGAGUGCGGUUUUUACAUGCAGAAUAUACACGUUGAUUUUGAGCAUUUAUACACUAUACACAGGGAGGCACCGACUGAAAAAAACGGUAAAGGUUAGUACAAACAAGAUGCACAACGACAAGUCGGGAAAUGGACAUAUAGUCUGUUAUAUUCAAUUUGUACAACCCACCCCUGAGAUUUGGAUGCUGAGUGGCUUACAAAAUAAAACCGGACC